GCUUUUUAUUUUGAAGGAUCUCACCGGAAGAUGUGUUUUAUUACAGCCCCGUCUUGAAACGUUAACGUUUACUGACUACCUGGUCACUUUCUCUGUUACUUGGAAUCAGUCAUGUCGAACAACAGCGCCUCCAACAGCAGUUUAGCCAUCGCCCAGAAGGCAGUGAAGCAGCUUCGUCUGGAGGCCAGUGUCCGUCGGAUAAAGGUCUCUCAGGCUGCUGCAGAACUGAAGACCUUCUGUUUGCAAAAUGCCCACAAAGACCCUCUCCUCACCGGGGUGCCCUCCAGUGAUAACCCAUUCAGGCCUCCCAAGUCAUGUGUCCUCCUCUGAGAGCCGUGAAGGAGUGCACCUGAUCGCUCCACUGUGAAUUUCUGUCAUGUGCCCCACUGCCCCUGAGGAUAAAGAAGCCAAGACCAUACACACACACACUCACACACAUACACACACCUACACUGCCACAGGAUGCAUGAUUCAGUCGGUUUAUAAUAUUUUGCUCUUUCCAGGGUUCAGAGGUCUAAACUCUGGUAGCUUUAGACAACAGGCCUUAAUGCAAACUCUGUUUUAUGACCAUAUCCAAUAUUUUGACCACUUGUUAACACCUGUAUUUAUCAACAGCUGAUUGGAGUUAUUGAUUGCUGUCAUUUAUUUUGGAGAAACAGGAGCCUUUAAUAUCUGUAACCAUUCAUUUUGUACUCGCUAGGAAAAUAUAAUUUAUAAAAAAAUAAGGAAAGAGAAGGAAUGGAAACCUGAUGGACUGUUGUGUGUCGAUGGGUAAUCGCUGAGCCUCUUUGCAUCUCUCUUAUUUUAUGUGCAUUUUUAUUAUUCGCCAUUAAAAGUUACCAUAUGCUUAUUUUUGUCAUUUGUCUGUGAAGCUGUAUCUGGCGUGAAUUUUGCAGUAUUAAUACUGAAACUUAACUGCUGAAAAAUGUGUUCACUUGCAGGGAAAACAUUGUUAUUCUGACUAUCAGGUAAAAUAAGAUCACAUAAAUCUCGUUUUUAGUUGAAAAUGUAAGACCUCUCAGGUUGGCAGCUGUGGCUCAGGUGGUAUAGAAGGUUGUCUAGGUUUUGGAGGGUCCAGGCAAAGUGUCCUUGCAGAAGAUAGUGAUCCCAAACUACUGCAGCCGUGCCGUGUGUCCAUGGUGACCUUACUGUCAUUAUGAGUGCUGCAGAUAGGAAGUGCUGUAUCUCUCCUGAUGAGCAGUUGGCACUUUGCAUGGCAGUUUUUCAAGAUUACCUGAUGUCACAGCGUACUUUAAGCUUUGUUCGACCUGUGUUUCAUAAAGCAGCACUUACAACUGCCAAGCUGACCUUGCAAAGUACUGUCAAAGCCUUCAAGAUGUCCAGAAAGUCUUUAUUCCUGUUACAUUUUGUUCAGGAUUCAAUAAAAUACAAUGUUGUGUUAUAAAAACUGUCAGCUGUUGACUCUUAUAUGUCUUUAGCACACACAGCUUUGCUUAUAUUUGUGCUUAUUUAAGAUGCUACUAUAUUUAUAUCAAUUUUACACAAUAAAUGAUUACCACAAAAA